AAGGAGUUAAUCAGUUCUAGUAAGGCUGUCAUCGAGUUUAGUUCAAGAGAGAGAGCUAUCGACAAGUUAAGAUCUUGCCGGUUGCCUCGGGCUGCGAUAUGCGGCUACCGGUAAAAAUUAGCAGUGCAGUUCCAGCUAAGUUUUGCAAGUGUAUUGCAGAAGCUUUUUGUGUUUAGUUAGUGUUGGUCCUAUCAUGGUCUAAGCAAAGCGUAGACUACCGCGUUCUCGCUGUUUUCAAGCGAAUCGCCAAGAUGAUUUCAUACCACUUUUGGUAUUAAAUAUUUUUUUAUGCGGUCAGAUCCGGAAGUAGGAGUUAGAAGUUUCAUUUUGCAUUACUAAGUUUAACAUUACAGUCAAAUCAUGAAGUAUAUUAAUAUAUUUCAUUUUGAUCCCGUUUAAUAUUCAAAAGGACUAUUGAGUUCUAAAAUAUUUUUGUUCGAGUAGAAAGCUGAAUUUUUCUAUAAAAACUUUUUUUUAUAAACUAUGGAUAAACCUUAUGUACUGUUGCUGUACCUGUAAAUAUUGUGAAGUGACUUUCGCGUAGUGAAAUAGCGUCUGGGACUUACAAACCAACCAACAACCAGAAGAAAAUAGGACAGUGAUACACGUAAAAAUGUGGGACCGUUUUUUCGGAGCACACGGGGAAUUUUGUGCUACGCACCCGUGGGAAGUCAUCGUAGCCACAUUAACGUUAACAGUAUGUAUGUGGACUGUAGACCAGCAACAUCCAGCACCUCCACUAAAACAUACUUUCAGGUUUUGCACGAAAUGUCCAAAUGAGGCCGAAUAUAAUGCCGCUGAAGUCAUCGUUAUGACAAUAAUUAGAUCUUUAGCUGUGCUCUACUGCUACUAUCAAUUUUGCAAACUACAAAAACUGGGAUCUAAGUACAUUUUGGGGAUAGCUGGUUUAUUCACACUAUGUUCUAGCUUCAUAUUUACAUCAACAGUAUUAAAAAUUCUUCGGAUAAACAUAGCGGACUUCAAAGAUGCCUUAUUCUUCUUCUUGCUCCUAAUUGAUUUAUCGAAAGCAGCUAUGUUAGCUCAAUUCGCCUUAAAUGCGUCGGAUCAAAACGAGGUCAAAAAUAACAUUGCGAAAGGAAUGUCACUUUUGGGACCAACCAUUACUUUGGAUACGAUUGUUGAAACACUAGUCAUCGGGGUAGGCACUCUAUCCGGUGUCUACCGUUUAGAGAUGUUGUCGUACUUCGCCUGUUUGUCAGUUUUAGUCAACUACAUGGUUUUUAUGACAUUUUAUCCAGCAUGCCUAUCUUUAACUUUAGAGCUAUCUCGUUGCACGGGGAUGUACACUAACAAGAACAGUUUGAUCAAGGCUUUCCGAGAAGAAGACCACAAAUCGAAUCCUGUAGUACAACGAGUGAAACUGAUAAUGUCCGCAGGGCUAAUGUUAGUACAUGCACACAGUCGUUGGCCAUUCAAAGAAGAGGACACUGAUGAUAUUGGUUCAUUGGUUGUCGAACAGCAUAUCACUCUCAACCGUACCGAAGAAAAUGCUUUACAUGGAUAUAUUAUGAAAUGGAUUACCUUAAGUGCUGAUCACAUAGUGAUUCUAAUCUUGUUACUGGCGUUGGUGGUAAAAUUUAUCUUCUUUGAUCAUAAAGAAGAUUUCACAGAGAAAAUAAAAGCGUCCAUGUCAGAAAAUUUAGAAACAGACACUAACACUAGUGAGUUCCUCAAGCUGAAUCAACAGCUACAAAGCAAAUAUUUGCCUCAACCUCCUAUAUUCAGGACAUCACACGCAUUCUCUUUAGGUAGAAGUGAUAGUGACGAAAAAUCAGAUUCAUCUAGUGAUGCAGAUGUUGAAGAUAAAGCUGUCCAGACAAUCUACUGUCAGACUGAAUCAGGUCAAUUACUAGAAGAUGAUAUAAACGAGACUAAAUUAUGUAGAAGCCUAGAAGAUUGCUUAUCCAUAUACAAUGAUUCUGACUUGGGUGCGGGAACACUAACUGAUGCAGAAGUUAUACUCCUUGUAGAAAAUAAACAUAUUCCAGGAUAUCAAAUUGAAAAGGCUGUAGAUAAUCCUGAGAGAGGAGUAAGGAUUAGAAGGAAAAUUCUGGCUAAAGAUGCUAACCUUAAGAAUCCAUUGUUUGAUUUACCUUUCAAGAAUUAUGAUUACAGCAAGGUUAUGGGUGCCUGUUGUGAGAACGUUAUAGGUUACAUGCCAAUUCCUGUAGGAUAUGCAGGACCUUUACUAUUGGAUGGUCAAGAACUAUAUGUCCCGAUGGCUACUACUGAAGGGUGUCUAGUGGCAAGUACCAACAGGGGAUGCAGAGCUUUAAAGCAAUGUGGGGUCACUUCAAGAAUCGUUGGAGAUGGAAUGACUAGAGGCCCUGUUGUCCGAUUUCCUUCAGUAGUUAAAGCCAGUGCUGCUAUGAAAUGGAUCGAGAAACCAGAAAACUUUGCCCUUAUGAAGGAACAAUUUGAUUCGAGCAGUAGAUUUGCUAGAUUGGUGAAAAUUUUGAUUAGAAUUGCAGGAAGAUAUCUUUUUAUCCGAUUUGUAGCAAAAACAGGAGAUGCCAUGGGUAUGAACAUGCUUUCUAAAGGCACUGAAAUUUCUCUUAAAUAUGUGCAAAAUGAAUUUCCUGACAUGGAGAUUUUGAGUCUCAGUGGAAACUUUUGCACAGAUAAGAAACCUGCUGCUGUCAACUGGAUUGAAGGUAGAGGUAAAUCAGUUGUGUGUGAAGCAGUGAUUCCAUCUAAAAUAGUAACCACAGUAUUAAAAACAACAGUGAGUGCUUUAGUAGAUGUUAACUACUCCAAAAAUAUGGUCGGCUCUGCUAUAGCAGGAAGUAUUGGAGGUUUUAACGCGCACGCCGCGAAUAUUGUAACAGCCGUAUUUAUAGCAACAGGUCAAGAUCCAGCACAAAAUGUAAGUAGCAGUAACUGUAUGACCUUGAUGGAACCAUGGGGUUCGAAUGGAGAGGAUCUCUACAUAACGUGCACGAUGCCUUCUAUUGAGAUAGGAACCAUUGGAGGAGGUACAGUCCUUCCAGCUCAAGCAGCUUGUCUUGAAAUGUUGGGCGUAAAAGGAGCAAACUCAGAAAGUCCUGGGGAAAAUGCCAACCAACUGGCGAAAAUAGUUUGCGGUCUAGUUCUGGCUGGAGAGCUUUCACUGAUGGCAGCAUUGGCUGCUGGUCACCUCGUCAGAAGUCAUCUAAGACACAACAGAUCAACUACACUACUACCUGAAAAUUCAACCUUCCAGUCUACGCAUGUGAAAAGUAAAGAUUUUCUGCUCCCUCCUUGCAAAGAUUCCUUUUAAUAAAGAUUUUACAAGUUGAAAUAGAUGCAUUGCGGUGUCUGCAAUAGAUGUUUUAAAGAAACUAUGAUGAGAUAUCUAGUCUUAUAGACCACAGACUGUUAGUGAUGUUGGUGAAAAAUAAUAACGUAACAAUAAUAGCAACGUGACAUGUAUUACUGUUUAUGUUUUAUUGGCACAAUUCAAAGAAUAUACAAGACUGGUUGUUGGUGAUACGUCUACAUUUCCUAACACUAAUUCAAUAUUCAAAAUAAUGUGUCCCGAACUAUAGAAUAACAGGUAAUAUGCAUAUUAUAAGAACCAACUCGUUUUGUUUUUGUGUUGAAAUUUAAGGUAACUUUAUGAAUGAUGAAUAUUUUUUUGAGGAUCAAAAACUAAGUGAACUGCAGUAAUUGUUAAUCUGUUUUAGUAAAAGUAUAGUCAUAAGCUUUGCUUAUUGUCGUGUUAUUGGUAUCGGUAAUACAUGUUAAUUGCUUCGGUUGAAGUGGCAAAUUGAAUGAUGUGGAUGUGACAGUAUAUAUGUUAUAGUCAAAGCCCGAAUUUCAGGCACUCCUAGGUUUGACUAGGCAAUCCUCAGGUCUGACUGACGGUCUUAGUCAAAGCCCGAAAUAAAUUACAGUUUCGGCCUUUGACUAGUCAAACCUAGGAGAGACUAAGUUUGUCAGGCAAAGGUCGAAAUUUAAUUUUAUGAAAUCGGGGUUUGACUAGUCAAACCCCGAUCAACUAGUAAAAUGUCGUAAUUUUUUAGAUUAGGUUUAAUAAAACGUCAUUUUUUAAUUUAAAUGUUUAUUAUUUUUUAUAUUGUCGUAAUUAAAAUAAAUCAAUUAAUGUUUAUUCUCACAUCUUGAGGCACUAUGGCAGUUGUAAAAUACGUUAGGCCUUUUACACUUACAUAAUUUUGAAAAACAUUUCUUAUUGCAGUAGCAUUUUAUAAAGCCUUGUCUUCCAAAUUUAGAAUAUUUUGUACUUUCUCUUAGAGACAGCUUAACGCCUGGAACAUCUUCGAAAUUAAAAAAAAAAAUCGCGUUGCAUUCUCUUAAUUUGAUUUCUUGAAAAAAGUGUGUUUAUUCUUCCAUAUUUCGUACCAACUCUAUAUAACCUGUCAAAAUUGUUUUAUCUUGUAUGAUACCCAAAAUAUUUCGAGCAUCUCCUUUGGCUGUAUCAUAGCUGGGGAUAGGUUUUGUUAAAGUUUUUCCGAUCGAAAUUGGAGGAAUUUUUUUCACUUACUUAAUUGUUUUAUAGCAUUAGGCUGAGCACGAAUACCUUCAAUCAUCUUUCCAUUAUUUCUUUUAAUCGUUUCUGUCUGUUCACAACGCAUGCAUGUAACUAUUCUUUCAAAAUGUUCAUAGUAUGCACCAAGUGUGCUGUCAGAACACACAACAUAUACCAACUGAUUACAAAUUAUGCAUGUAUGAGCUCUCUUUGUGGCAAGUACAACAAACCACAAACCUAUAAUUUCGAUCUGAAAAACUGUAACAAUACCUAUCCCCAGCUUUGACAGAGCCAAAGGAGAUGCUCGAAAUAUUUUGGGUAUUAUAGAAGAUAGAACAAUUGACGGUUUAUAUAGAGUUGGCAUGAAAUACGAAACAACAAACACACUUUUUCAAGAAAUCAAAUAGGAGAAUGCAAAAAGAAUUUUCUUAACUUCGAAGAUGUUCCAGACGUUAAACUGUCUCUAAGAGAAAUUAGUACAAAAUAUUCUAAAUUUGGAGGACAAAGCUUUAUAAAAUGCUACUUCAAUAAGAAACGUUCUUCAAAAUUAUGAAAGUGUAAAAGGUCUAACGUAUUGGGCAACUCUAAAUGCCAUAAUGCCUCAACAUGUGAGAAUAAACACAAAGUUUUAUUUUAAUUAAGACAAUAUAAAAAUAAUAAACAUUUAAAUUAAAAAAUGACAUUCUAUUAAACCUGAUCUAACAAAUUACGACAUUUUAUUAGCUGAUCGGGGUUUGACUAGUCAAACCCCGAUUUCAUCAAAUUAAAUUUCGACCUUUGCCUGACCAACUUAGUCUCUCCUAGGUUUGACUAGUCAAAGGCCGAAACUGUAAUUUAUUUCGGGCUUUGACUAAGACCGUCAGUCAGACCUGAGGAUUGCCUAGUCAAACCUAGGGGUGCCUGAAAUUCGGGCUUUGACUAUAACAUAUAUGUAUUAAUGUUUGUAAUAUUACAUGACGUACUAAUUUUGACACAUUUGCAGUUUAUCAAUUCCUUCUCAAUUUCUUAAGUAGGUAUAGUACCUAUCAAAAUAUUUUAGAAA